CUUUUAUCUGAUUGCCUUGCAUUUCUUAGCGCAAGUGUUAUAUUCUCGCUGAUUGUUUUCUGUAGCUGCUUGUCUAGUGCCACUCAAGAUAAUCAUAAUUUGAUAUUAUAAUACCCUAGAGAAAAAUUUUGAAGAUGUCGAAAAAAGUACAAAAAGUUAUGGUUCAACCAAUUAAUCUUAUAUUUAGGUAUUUACAAAAUCGAGCUCGGAUUCAAAUUUGGCUUUAUGAACAAAAUAAUUUAAGGAUCGAAGGUCACAUUAUUGGUUUUGAUGAAUACAUGAAUUUGGUGUUAGAUGAUGCACAGGAAGUACAUGUAAAGAAUAAAACCAAAAAACAACUUGGUCGUAUUCUUCUUAAAGGCGAUAACAUAACUUUGAUUCAAAAUGUUGCAACAUAAGUUCUCAUUUAUAAUUCAUGAAGUAUCAUGGACAAUUUUGAUAUUGUAUAAAUUACAAUAAACCAAAAUGGAUGAAAACAAAAUUUAUGUGUGUUUAUGUGUAACACUUAUCUUCUGUCAAUGCAGUUUUAAAAUUAAAA